AUGCCUUCGCGAAUCCCUCGUCCUGCGCAGACCCCGGGGCAGCUGCGCGUGCACACGGGCGGGCUGGCGUGGCGGAAGCUGGGCGGGGGGAAGCAGGUGGACGUGCAGCGCACGGACAUGGCGGGCGUGGUGUGGAUGCGCGUGCCGCGCGGGUACCAGCUGUGCGUGCGGCUCAAGGCGGGCGGCAAGGUGAAGUUCAACGGCUUCACCAAGGCGGACGUGGACUCGCUCUCGCCCUUCCUCACCUCCACGCUUGGCUUCGCGCCGCGCAAGAGCGAGCUCGCCACCAGCGGCCGCAACUGGGGCGACGCCGAGAUCGAAGGCACGAUGCUGGGAUUCCAGGUGGGUGGCAAGCAGGCCUUCGAGAUCUCCAUUGCUGACGUGUCACAGACACAGCUGUCAGGGAAGAACGACGUGCUGCUGGAGUUCCACGUGGACGACACUGCCACUGCUGCUGAGAAGGACAUGUUGGUGGAGAUGAGUUUUCACGUACCAACGUCCAACACCACCUUCGUUGGCACCGACGACAAGCCCUCCGCACAGAUAUUCCAGGAGCAGAUCCUGGCGCGCGCGGACGUGGGGCCAUCGGGCGACGAGGCGGUGGUGGAGUUUGAGGGCGUGCACAUCCUCACGCCCAGGGGCCGCUUCAAGGUGGAGCUGCACGUCAGCCACGUGCGCCUGCAGGGCAUGGCUGUCGACUUCAAGAUCCAGUACAAGAACCUCGCGCGCCUCUUCGUGCUGCCCAAGGCCAACCAGCCGCACACGUUCGUGGUGGUCACACUGGACACACCCAUCCGCAAGGGCCAGACGCUCUACCCUCACAUCGUGCUGCAGUUCCCGAACGAGGAGACGUUUGAGGGCGGGCUGUCACUGAGCGACGAGUUGCUCACCACCAAGUACAAGGACCGCCUGCAGCCCGUGUACAAGGGCCUGGUGCACGAGGUGUUUGCUCAGAUCCUGCGGGGGCUGUCGGGCGCCAAGGUGACGCGGCCGGGGUCGUUCCGCAGCAACAGCGACGGGUAUGCGGUGCGCACGUCGCUCAAGGCGGAGGAGGGGUACCUCUACCCGCUCGAAAAGAGCUUCUUCUUCCUCCCCAAGCCGCCCACGCUCGUGCUGCACGAUGAG